AGUGUUAACUUACAAUCUACUUCAAUAAUUGAGAAACUGAUAAGUCUAUUCGUAGAUAAAAAAAGUUAGAAAAAAUUUAUUAAAACUAUCCGAAAAAAGUAAUUAAAGUGUUUUGUUAAAGCAUUUUAAAAAUAUUUAUUAUUCAAAACAUCCUAAUAAAAGUACAAGUAUUUAAGACCCUUUUAAUAACUAAAAGUUUAUAUUGUGGUGAAAUUGCUUGACUUGGUGUCUUGCAGUUCUGGCUUGUCCUCGACUGAAUACAAAAACAGCAUUGUAAGGAAAGAAUUGAAUGAUUAUACAUUUACGUACAUUCUCAGAAAGAAGCUGUGUCCUCUGCUUAUGUUGCAUUGUAAGCGUGUCCUUUGAGAAGCUUGGUCUAUUUUCCAAACUGCGUGCAAAACCUUAAAAUAUUUUCUCGAAUUCGAAACCAAUAUCUUCGUUUUUACACUAAGAAGAAUGUUUGCAGCACACACUACGCGAGAAGUCAGAACUUAAUGCUCACCAAGAAUAUACACUUUGUGGGGUCUUUGAAGCUUCCUUCUGAGUGUUGCAAACGUUAUGAAACAUAUAUACAAACAUGAACGUACGCUUGGUGGGAGCUAAAUUUUCAAAUAAAUAAGUUUAUGAGCACCUCUUUACUAUUUGUGAAAUCAUCAAGCUGUCACUAACUCAAAGGCUACAAACUUAUCAAGAAAAUUCCUUCACAUUACAAGAGGAUUUUAAUCAUUCAAAAGAAAAACGUUUUUCCAUCAGCUUAUUAUACUACUGGCAAAUUUUAAAAUUGCAAGAAGAGACGGUUAUGUAGCAGCAGCAUUUGUAUAUUGCAAACUGCACGCAAAGAGUGGACUAUAUCUGCCAUCACCAUUAAAGCAACUGCCGUCUACUUCAGUUACGUAGGGUUAGCCUGCUACGGUCUCCCACAUAAUAUAGAAAGAAUUUCGUAACGUCAUUAUGCAGCCCCAAUCAGCACAAAAUAUGUAUGUUCCACAAAACGCUGCUGGGAAUAAUAAUGGGAAUGUACGAACAAAUCCACAGUCUAAUAAUAACAUGUUUCGUCAGACUCCUUCAAGUCCAGCACCUCGCAAUCGUUUCAUGCCAAACACAAUGUUUCCCUCGACUGUUCAAAGUGUAGUACUACAACAGUUCCCAUAUCCAGCACGUCAACCGCAAUACCAGCAGUUCUCAUAUGCAGGUCAUCAGUACUAUCAGCAAAACUCGUAUUACUCAUUUUAUCCUCUUCAGCAGCCACCACAACAUCAACGAACUGCCACUCUAAGUGUAAAUAGUGGUGUUAAUGUUGGAGUGGGUAGCGGUAUUUCCGGAGCAGUAGCGGGUCCGACGACAGCUAAUCAAGCUCAGAUCACCCUAAGUGUGCCUCCAGUAGGGAAUGCAGUUUUAGGAGUAACUAAUGCAACACCCACUCAACCUGUUGGUGUCAAUACAUUAGUGAGUGUAAUGCAGUCGCCACAGCCCACAACAAGAAAAAUUCGACGGCACGCUCUUGAAAUUAUUGAUCCAAAUACAAAUCGAAAUAUUCUUGAAGACUUAAAGUCUGAAAAGAAUACUUCCUCUACGGAUAUAGAAUGCCAAGAUUCGAUAAGCGCAGCACAAUUAAUACAAACAAAGGUACCGGAAGAGGCAGGACAUGUAAUGAGAAGUACUUCAGAAUUUCGGAAUUACGAUACAGAUACACGUGAAACUUCAGAACAAGAAGAACGUAACACAAUUAAUCAGACGCCAGUUGUAUCUGCCAUGUUAGCUCCAGAAAUAUACCCUGCUCAAAUGCAGAAAACAAAAAGUAAAAAGAUGCAAAUAAAUAAAGCAGAUCAAAACGUUCGGAGUAUAGCGAAACCGGAUGAAGAGGCAAGAAAGCAGCCACGAAAUAAUGAGUCAGCAAUUGGAACAAAUUCCGAGAAUAUUCAUCAAGAAAUCAUAACACAAAAUUAUACGGUGGAUAAAAGUUCACAGGUAAUACCAGCGAAUCAGCAGUUAGGAGAUUCUGAAAUGGGGGGUGCAUCUUCAUCAGAAAAUUCUCUCACCUUAAAUUCUCUCACGUUGGGAAAAGUUGAUCACAAAUUGGAGCGGGCAUCGAGAAAAAUUUGCCUAAAUGAUGAGAGUGCUACUAACGAAAGUUGUGUUGGUGGAGUAAGUAAUCUACACACUACGAAAUUAGGCGAAAAGGAAUUGCUGACAAGUUCACGGAAUACUGUCAGCGGGAAUGAGCAACAAACCCAAAAGCAAACCAUAUCCUUAGUGGAAACUAACGACAAUUUUACAUCACCUCUCGACACUCCAAAUAACGGUUCCGCAGAAGAAAGUGAAAACAAUAUAUUUGAAAAAAGUUCAAAAGGUUUUAAUAACUCUAGUAUCAUCUGUGAUGAUACAGCAAAAGUAAUAGCUAUCGAAAUUGGAGUUUGUGAAGCCGACCUCAAUGAAACUAAUUCUGCGUUUGCGUCCAAACUUGACAAUAACGAAAAUAUCAAAGAACUGAUAGAGACAUCCAAAAAUGAGGAUAUACAUGUGAAUUAUGCCAAAAGCAAUGUUUUAGUAAGCCCGCUAGAGAAAUCUACAAAUUUUAGUAAUGACACCUCACUCACAACCAAAACGUUUUCAAUGCCAUCACCCAAUCAUUCUUCUACGAGCAGAAAGAAAUACAACCGAGAACAAUUAAUGGAUUUGCGCGAUGUUAAAAAUUCGCGUAUACAACCUGAUAUUAAAAUUACAUCUAUUUUGCCAGGUUUUAAUUUAAUGCCAGCGUUUGCAGUUAACAAUGCCAAUAAAAAAUUUCAACCCUUGGUGGGUUCAAUUGGCGGAAACAGCUCUUUCUCGAAGAAUUAUACUAAGCAAGUUUCUAAUUCGAGUACCGGAGGUGCCCAUAUUACUGAAGAUUCUAAACCUAUGAUACAUGUGAAUUUAUCACUAAAUCAAGAUGUGCAACUUAACGAAAUUGCUAAUGCCUGGCGUCCACGUAUACUACUAAAAACUAACGAAAUCGAUAACGAUCCAAAAGCUAAAUCGCAACGCGAGAAAGAAGAACUUGUGCGGCGCGUACGGGGUAUAUUAAAUAAGCUUACACCAGAAAAGUUUGAUCCUCUUGUGAAAGAAAUUAUGGAAUUGAAGAUAGAUACAAUGGAGAAAAUGGAAGCUGUGAUGAUACUUGUGUUUGAAAAGGCAAUAGAUGAACCUAACUUUUCAGUUUGCUAUGCUCGUUUGUGUGCACGUCUAAUUUCUGAAGUAAAGGCGAAAGAUGAGAAAAUGGAGUCUGGAACAAAAACACAUUUGGUACAGUUUCGCAAUGCACUCUUGGAUAAAACGGAACGUGAAUUUACUUACAACGUAAUUGACGCAAAAGCAAAAGAGCAAAAGCUUAAGCCGAUAAGAGAUAAAAUUCAAAAAUGCAAAGAUUCUCAUGAAAAAGUGGAGCUAGAAGCACUUCUUGAAGAAGAAGAAAGGAAAAUUCGGCGUCGUUCUGGCGGCACGGUACGUUUUAUAGGAGAGCUUUUCAAAAUAUCAAUUUUAGCCGGAAAGAUUGUCGUCACUUGUAUCGAAAGUUUAAUUAAAUAUCCCGAUAACGAAGAUAUGCUUGAAUGUCUCUGUAAAUUGUUGACCACAGUUGGUCAAAAACUUGAACAAAAUCUGCUACCUAGAGAACAAAAUCGACUCUAUACGCUCGAUGGUGUGAUUCAGCGAAUGCAAGCCAUAGCAUCGAAAAGCGAAAAUACGAAGAUCAGUUCACGUGUGCGCUUUAUGCUACAAGAUGUGAUAGAUCUAAGAAAAAAUAAAUGGAAAUCUGCUGCACGCGCGCGCAAUGAAACACCCACUACCUUAGAUCAAAUUGAGAACGAGGCGAAAAAUGAAGAAUAUUAUAAUUAUAGCGUUUCAUUAUCUAAUGCUGGUGGGCUUAGCGGUGGUGGUGGCAAAAGGGAUGAUCGUAUAAAUCGUUUUGGGGAUAACCGUCUAAAUUAUAAUGGCAGUCAUAGUCAAAGAGGUGAUGUAAGCAGCUUAAAACGUACCCAGCACAUGAGUUCUGGCAGUCACAGCGCAAGUGGAAACGAAGGCAUUUGGCAUGUACAAACAGGAAAAGGCAGCCGUCCGCUAGCAGUUGAUCCAAAUAAACUUGGAGCUCUGCACAAUUUUGAUAUUACAAACAAAAAAAUGGGGGGUGUUCAGCAAUUCCAAUGGCCUAAAUCCACACCUAUAGCAAUACCUUCCAAUUCCUUCGCCGCUUUAUCAGUACUAGACUCAAAUAAAAGUGGUAGCCGACAAAAAACAGCAUACACACACACACACAAUAAGGGCUCAACUGAACGAGAUCGAUACGACCGAGGUUUGUUGCCCCGAAGCGGAUCCUCACAAGCUUCUAGAGAACAUUCAUCUUCUCGAAUUUCUCAACCUAUGCGGAAUAUGACAACAACUACAUCAAUGCAAAAAUCUGCUAGUCAUUCGAAAUAUAUACAGUCAUCUUCUACGCCAAGACUUGCAUGCAAGCCAACAAGUUUUGCCGCAAUUCCUCCUGGAUCAGGCUCAAGUUCGGUUAGCUGUGAUAAACCAGAUGAUGAUCAAUCUGUUGCACAAUAUCAACAAUUGCAACGAGAACACCAACAUGUUCACAUAGCUUGCGAAACGGGUCUAAGCUCUCCUCCAGAAGCUGUAUUCGAAGAACCUAGUGAUGCUGAUUUAAAAUUAAUUAAAUCAGUAGUUUCGGAAAUUGUAGAAAACGCGGCCAAUUCAAAACAAAUCGAUUUUUUAACUGUUACAUGCAUAGAACGAAUAAGACAAUCCCAAUUAUGCGGCCUAUUAUACUACAUUAUUACAGAUUAUUUGCAUUUGCGUGACGUUGGUUCUUUUCAUAGAAGACUUCUAUCUAAUUGCAUUGCAUACCUGAUUGAAAGAAAUUACCUUUCUAUAGACCAUUUUAAUUUAGCUUACGAGCAUUUUGCGAGUAUUGCUAAUGAAAUAAUAGUUGAUGUCCCAGACAUGUACUUAUACAUCCUUGAAUUCACCGGUCCGCUAAUUGUCAAAAAAAUUUUAACGAUACACGAUUUGUGGACGGAGAAAUUGAGAAAAGCCGAAUCGAGUAACUGUGAGAUGGGCAAAAAGUUCCUUAAAACAUAUCUACAAUAUUGCACUCGUGAAAUCGGUCCCAGUUUUACAAGAAGUAUGUUCAAAAAAUUCAAUAUGAAAUGGUCCGAUUAUAUACCUGAAGUUGAAAUCGAAACAUUUAUACAAAGCAACAAAUUUGAGUUCGUUGAAAACGACAAAUACCACCCCGAAAUAGACACAAGGGAAACAAAAGAAAAGCGUUACGCUCGAAUGUUCGAUCAUAUUGAACAAAUAUUGAAAGAAGACGCCAACGCUGAUAAUGUCAUUGAUUACAUUAACGGAAACAUUGUUGACGUCGAUAAACUGUUUAUCAGAGGUUUAACAACAACACUCGCAAGUUUUGCUAUUAAAGACUCCAGCAACUAUAAGCUAGACGCGCCAUGUUUUCAAAAAAAGUGCAUACCUGUAUUGAUACGUUAUAUUGAUUCAAAAGAAGAACGAGAAUUAGAAUGUUUAUAUGCACUGCAGUUGCUAGUUCAUAAUUUAGAACAUCCAAGACAUUUGAUUAGUGAUCUUUUCAUUAAACUCAAUGAAUAUGAUGUCAUACCGCAAGAUACAUUCAGAAGAUGGCGAGAGUCUACAGCUCAAACAGUUGGUAAAGGUGUUGCCGUGAAAGCUCUUAAUCCUUUCUUCAAUCAAAUUCUUAAUGGGGAAACAAGCGACGAUAAUUAGAAAAACUCUCCCAUGUGAAAAUAGUUAUCAUAUUUUUCACACUAAAUUAUUAAAAUUAUCAUAUAUCUAUAGUAUAUUUAUGGACUCUUAUGGCACUAGGAAGGAAUAUCUAUCUAUAAGCCCGAAAGUGAUUUUUUUUUUUUU